CAACAUGCAUGUGAUUUGUAUAUCCGAUCUAGUCGUCUAGAUUCGUUUUCAAUCGGUAGUUUAGCUUUCUGUGUGUGUCUUGUUCUUUCUAAACCUCAUCACGCUGCGUCUGGUGUGGAGAGAGGACUACCUAACCAGCCAGUGGGAUAGAUAUGCAGUAGCAACAUCAAGGAUCGUGUGAAAUGAUGGGCUUUUUAUUUUUGUUUCACUACGAAUCAAAUCUAACCAAAAGCUUAAAUUGUUACAAGAAAAAAUAGACAGCUGUUGUGUAUAGAAUAACACAGCAGACUUCGUUUGCAGCUUGUGGUUUUACCCACACCCCCUCUGAUCAGAUACAAACGCACAUCAGGGAAAAUGGCGGACUUUGAGAAGGACGAAGGACUGCCCCAAACAAUGCAGGAAAACCAAGAUGACGAGGAGCCUCAAUAUACUGAUGACGCUAAGCCAAGCAAGACGCAAGACGACGCAAGUUUGGAGGAAAGGGUAAUUGAAGAGGUCAGAAGGUACAACAAUUUGUACAACACCUCAUUGAAAGACUAUAAAGACUUCACCAUGACCAACAACAGCUGGAAGGAGAUAGCCAAAACUCUGAGAGUAGAAGAACAGAUUUGCAGGACGAAAUGGAAGAACUUGAGGGACCGAUAUGUUCGACUGAGGAGGAAAAUUAAGGGGAAGAGUGGGGAUGCAGCGUCAGAAAUACAACCACAAAUACUCACAACGCUGUCCUGGCUGUCUGGCUUCAUUAAACACAAGGAGACGAAGGUAGAGGAGAUGGACACCUCAGAAGACCUGCAAGAUGACAACCUGAUCGAGCGGGACCACUUCCACAGUUCUAAUAAUGAGCAGCAAGAUGGACAUUUUGUAGUUCGGAGUAAAAUACGAGCUAGAGCUCCCGGAAAGAGAACACCAUCACAUAGCAAAACAAUACAGGAGAAGGAAGAGGAGCCCCUAGAUACUGAUGACUCUGAUGAUUGGAUCGAGGGUUUCAGUCCUGGAGGAGAGAAGCUACACUACUGCUUUGACUGCAGUAAGAGCUUUAGAAAAGUGAGGGAUCUUAUAAGACACCAGAGAUCACAUACUGGAGAGAAGCAUCACCACUGCCCUGUUUGUGACAAAAGUUUUGCUCAAUUAGAUAAGCUUAAAUUACACGCAAAAAUACAUAUGAAAGAGGAACAUGUCACACGGCUUGAACAGGCUGGACUGAAUGUAGACUGUGUGAACACACCGCAGAGAACAGCCAGCAGAGGCAGGCAGGAGAGUCAAAUUCGAGCUAGUGCACCAGGGGGGGAAAUGGUCCAGUCACAGCUAGGCAAAGGCUCGCCUUGCAAAAGUUCUGUUAGAAAGAAUCAACACGUAGAAAAAGGACAACAACCCCAAACAUCACAGGAGAAUGAAGAGGUUCCUGAAGAUACUCCUGAAGACUGGACCGAGAGUUUCAGAACUGUAGAGAAGCCCUACGUCUGUUCCGACUGCGGUAAGAGCUUCAAACAAGAGAAUCGUCUUAUAAGACAUCAGAGAACACAUACAGGAGAGAAGCCUUACGACUGCCCUGACUGUGACAAAAGUUUUGCUCGAUUAGAUAAUCUUAAAUUACACCAAAAAACACACAUGAAGGAGGAACGUAAUUUCCACUGCUCUGACUGUGUGAAAAGCUUUGUCCUAUUGGAACAGCUUGAAAAACAUCAGCUAACACACAAGAAAAGUUACAGCUGUUCAAAGUGUGAGGAAAGGUUUUCAGACCUGGUUGACUGGAAAGCACACUUUUUAGUACACAGAGAGAUCCUCCACUGUCCUGACUGUGACAAGCAGUUCUUGUACAAGGGACUUUUUGAAAGACACAGGAGAACACAUUUGAGAAAAAUAGAAACAUUUCUCUGCACAAUAUGUGGGAAGGAGUAUCGCAACAUCAAAAUACACAUGCGAGUACACACUGGAGAGACACCGUAUCACUGCACUGAGUGCGGGAAGAGUUUUCCAUACAUAAAAUCGUACCAAAGACACAUACUAACACAUACCUCUGGAGAAAGAGCAACCUAUCCUUGUUUGGAAUGCGGAAAGACAUUUACUCGCAAAGAUGGCAUGGUGAUGCAUGUGAGGAGGGUUCAUACUGGAGAGAGAAAUCAUCAGUGCAGAUACUGUGGAAAACGAUUCUUUCGAAAAGAGAAACUUAAGGUACACAUGCUAGUUCACACUGGAGAGAAACCAUACCAAUGCGCUGUCUGUGGGCAACGCUUCUCCCAAGAUGGUGACAGAAAACACCAUGAGAAGAGGCACUACUCUGGUGUCUCAGAUUUCCUCGAUCUAUAAUGCAGAAGUGGGGUUGCAGGAAGUGGGAACCUACCUAAUCACUGACAAUCUAAUAAUCUGUUAGCUAAAAUGUUAACAGAUUAUUAGGAUUUACAAAACCCUAUUGUUUUUCCUUCUGACCUCUUCAAUGACCUUUUCCUCCAAACUUGCGUCAUCUUGUGUAAGAUUUACAAAACCCUAUUGGAAUGGGAAUUUUAAUGUUUGUGCUUUUCUUAUAACACAUUUCUGUGUUCUAUUCAUGUGCUGUUCUAUAAACCAAUUUCUGUGUUCAACAGAUUUCAAGUGGUUGACUCUUAUCAGUAACUGCAAUUUGGCAGUAUACCCAGACCUUGUUUUGAGAACAAACAAAAGAUAUCUCAGUUUUAAGGUUUUAACCUUGU